GACACAUACCAUGUCCCUAGAGGUCAUAGCUGGAAUACUACCACUCAAAGAGAGGCUGUUUGAGUUGGCUUUUCGUUUCCUCAUUAGAUCGGAAAUAGCAAAUCCAAUGCUUAUUGCGAACUAUGAGAAAUGUUUGGAAGUUGUUCAGAAACCCUGUAUGUCAGUAUACCAGCGGUUCAUGACCAUGGAGAUAAACCCUUCGGUUGUUGCUCCAUCCCGUGAGAUUUCAACAUCGCUCAACAAUUCUUCUGUUGUAUUUGAUUUGACGAUGAAACAAGAAAUCCAUGGAAUUCCCGAUCACCUCAAACCAACAGUUGUGCCAUCAAUAUUUUCGGCAAAAUUUGGCCACCUCCCAAAACAGAAUUCCUUUUUCACGGACGGAUCUGUGAUGGAUGGACAAUCCGGAUAUGGCGUUUUCAACACAGAUCAUCGCAUAUCUCGCAAACUGGCACAGCCCUGCUCCAUAUACGUAGCUGAAUUAGCUGCCAUACACAAUUCACUGCGAAUUAUCGAGCUCAAGACACCAGACAAUUACUUCAUCUUCUCGGACAGCCUCAGUUCUAUCGAAGCUCUCCGAUCGAUUAAACCGGUCAAGCACCCGUCCUAUUUCCUUCCGGAAAUUAGACGGAUAUUAGAAGUGCUGGUUGAUCGGUCUUUCAUUAUCUGCUUUGUGUGGGUCCCCUCUCAUUGGUCAAUCCCAGGCAAUGAAGAAGCUGAUUUAUUAGCAAAAAGGGGUGCCAUAGAAGGAGAUAUAUUUGAUAGACCGAUCACCUAUACCGAGUAUUUUCAUCUGCCCCGACAACUGGCUCUGGAAAACUGGCAGGAAAAGUGGGAUAAAGACGACCUUGGGCGAUGGAUGCACUCGAUCUCGCCCAAAGUGUCUACAAAAGCUUGGUUCAAAGGGUUAGAUUUAACUCGUGAUUUCAUUCGAGUUAUUUCGCGCCUAAUGUCCAAUCACUAUGUUGCAAACGCACACCUCUAUCGAAUAAACUUAGUCGAUAGUAAUCUGUGCGAAUGUGGAGGGUACGAAGAUAUUGACCACAUAGUCUUCGUAUGCCCUAAGUACCACAGAGCAAGGGCCAAGCUUAUAGAUUCUCUCCGGAAACAGAAAGAGACGUUUACAAUGCAAGUACGGGAUGUGCUUGCUAGCCGCAACCCCGCGCUUGUAAUACCCAUUUACGACUUUUUAAGAGAUAUCGAGUAUCGAAUUUGAUUAUCUCUAUGCUUUCUCUCCUAAUUUCUCCCAACACAACAAUCAUAAAAAGUUUCACACUAAUUCUGUUUUUUUUUUUUUUUUUUUUUUUUUUUUUUUCUUCUUUCUUUCGUUCAUUUUUUUUUUAUAGAAACAUGAAUCAUCGCUUCUUUUUGAGAGACAGGAUCCACCGAUCUUAGAUAUAAGUUUUGAUUUCAAAGAGAUAAGGAACCAUCACCCUCAACGAAUAGUAGUAAGGAUUAGUAUUUAGUUAUAAAGAGAAAAACUUUGAUGUUAAUGUUAGUCGUAGGCUUAAAUGACAUGUAUUUUUAAAUUGUAUUUGUUAAAGAGAAAAGAUGAGAGGGUUUUUAUGCCUGUUUGAGGAGGAGCAGUCGGGAUACAGGCUCUACUCAAGCUGGCUUUUCCCUACUCCAAAAGAUAUUCGGCCCCGUUAUGCUUCGCGGUUGGGCCUAAAUAAAUAUUAGAGUUUAAAAAAAAAAGUCCAAAAUGCCGUCGAAACAACAGGAACUGCGUACCCGCAUUGUACAAUCCACUGCAUUACGUAUCCUGGAGUCCAUGCAGUAUUUCGGAAAAGAGGUAGCGGUUGUCUAAUGGAAAUAAUGAAUAAGAAACGAUCCGCUUCCUACACAACAUGUUCGACAAGAAGGAGUCGGUAAGUUAGCGGUAAGCAGCCAGAAAGUUUCACUGUUGUUCGAAGUCAUACAUCUACAAGGCUUCAAUGAAGGAGGAAAUAGUGUAUAGAAAAAAAAACAGAUCCCCAAAGUACACUGAUGAUCAAAUUCAAACCGUGAGAUCCUAAUGCCGUUGGACGACUCGCAGAUUAAAUCAGCUAGAAUUCCAUUUCCCUCGCGUGAUCGCUAUACACGACUUUUCUGAACACGAACGUGAUUCAUUCGCACUUUCCACUGAACAGUCAUCGAUUAGUCUGUGAAUUGAGCUUGGAGCAAUUACAGUCAGAGUCAUUUAUUUGCAUCGAUCAAUCCAUCACAGAGCAAUGAAAUGUGUUACGUGACGAUACGAAGAAUAUGCGUGAGCCGUUAUUAUCGACAGAA